UAACGCUAAAAUGUGAGCCCCUAACUAUCACGAAAUAAAUAAAACAAUUAUUUCUUAUUAGUGUUGCUAGUGUUCAAAAUGCCGCACACUAUAUUGCGCGGUUUGGUCCAUAACGGACAUGCGCAGUAUAACGGUAAUGGACAUCUGUCAGGCAAUGGACAUCUCGUGGGCAAUGGGCAUUUGACAAGCAAUGGACAUCUCGUAGGCAAUGGGCAUUUAACGGGCAACGGACACUGCAUGAACGGACAUGCAGGGAUGUACCAGCAAAACGGGCACGCUAACAAAUGCAACGGACAUACUGCAUUGAACGGUACUGCUCGUGCAUAUCUAAACGGCCAUGCAAACAAAUUCGAAGACAAGCAAUCCACAAUUUCAAGGUAUUGUACAACAGAAAAAAGAAGACCUCCAUCUAGUUAUGCGGCCAUUAAGAGAUCCUGUAGAGAAAGGGGGAUGCUGUACGAAGAUCCAGAAUUUCCAGCUGGAUCAAAAUCGCUCUAUCACCAUAAAAAACCAUCUUUGACUCCCAUAGUUUGGAUGAGACCUCAUGAAAUAUGCCAAAGACCGACGUUUUUUUCUGAAGAUUCAGAUGAAGAUUCGUUCAAAUUCUCAAUAGAAUCUGGUGAACUAGGUGACCAAUGGCUAUUGGCAGCCGUAGCUUCUCUGGUACUAACACCCAAGUUCUUGGAUAGGGUCGUACCACCUGAUCAAGGAUUUGACCCAGCCCAUAACUAUUGUGGAGCAUUUAGGUUUCGUUUUUGGCAUUUUGGAGAAUGGAGAGAAAUAGUAGUAGACGACAAACUCCCAACUCACAAAGGACGCUUAGUGUAUUUGCAUUGUUCAAACUCCACUCAGUUUUGGGCAGCCCUAUUGGAAAAAGCUUAUGCCAAAUUUUAUGGAUCUUAUGAAAAUUUGUUGUCCGGAUCCACGACCAGAGCGUUACAAGACUUGACAGGUGGAAUAGUACAAAGUUUCGGGCUGACGCAUCAGGACCGCUUUUUGACGUUUCAAGUACUCAACUCCGCAGUUCCUAGAUCUAGUCUUCUUAUUGCCACUAUUACUCAGGAAAAAGAUAGCAAACGUCAAUUGCGACUGAGAAACGGACUGAUAACCCAGCACUCGUAUUCUGUGACGGGAUUGGCUAGAGUCAGAGCUGUAAGUGGAGAAACACCACUGGUAAGACUGAGAAACCCAUGGGCUAGAGGAGAGUGGACAGGAGCUUGGAGCCAAAGAAGUUGGGAAUGGGAUGGGUUAUCCACUAGAGACAAAGACUUGUUGAGUGUCAGAGUAGCUAAUGAAGGAGAAUUUUGGAUGUCCUUUGACGAUUUUGCCAGACAUUUUACCCAGCUGGAUCUAGUCCACAUAGGUCCAGACGAUUGGAUGUUGGAGAACGCUCUACAUUCGAAACAACCCUGGAGAGCUGUUCUUGCUAGGAGAAGAUGGAGAGCUGGCUAUAAUGGCGGAGGAGGACCCUGCUAUGUAGAAACAACAUCAAUGAAUCCACAGUUCCACGUACAAAUACCUCGAACGUCCACCAACAAAUGUCACGUGGUGGUCUCGGUGAUACAGUACUACGAAACGAAUAUCACAGACUCCAAAAAAAGGAAAGCCCCAGUAGCUAUAGGUUUUGCCGUCUUCGAAGUACCUCAUUCCAUGCAGAGGUUAACACCUAAUUUCGUAGCUGAACAAAAACCUCUUGACGUCACUAACCAUUCUGUAGCCCGAGAGGUGGUGACUUUUUUUACCCUGCCUCCAGGUGACUACAUUGUAGUUCCCCAAACGAAUAUUCCUAAUAUAGAUGGCAAAUUCUUGUUAAGGAUACUUACAGAUGAACAAAGUAAUAUCUGGGAAGUUAACGAAGAUAAUAUGUUGUUCAAGAAUAUAUCGAUGGAGUUUUCUGGUGAUGAAGGAAGCUCGUCGCUUUUAGCUAAAGAUUCCAAGACUAUUACCUCCAAGUACCUGAUGAAAUAUCCCCCAGAAAUCGACGCAGGGCAGCUACAGAAGCUUCUCAAAUCGAACUGGAAAGCCUUUUUAACAGAAAAACCUUCGUUAGAGUUGUGUAAAAGCCUCAUAAUGCUCAGAGACUACAACAUCAGCGGAAGAAUCAAUCUUAUGGAUGUUCCAGUUCUGGUUCACAUGCUUCAAUUUUGGAAGUUUGCGUUCCAAAAAUUUGAAAGAAGUCAUGGCAGUGGCAAAACUUCUAGUUAUAACUUAAGAUCACUCCUUUGGGAAGCUGGGUGUACAGUCAGUAAUAAAGUUCUCGAAUGCCUGGUCCUGAGGUUCGCCAAAAACAGAAUAGUAACCACAGAAAAUUACAUAAUGGCCUUAGUGAGGCUGCAUCUUGCCCAUGAAAGAUACCAUAAUUUGGACACCAAAAUGAAGAGUAACCCUAUAUCACUUGAAGAGAUGAUUCUAAUGACAAUCUACUCUUAAAGAAGCUAUGAGACCUUGUUGUUCAUCAAAUGCCAAAGAUUUUUCCUGAUUUUUUUUAUAAUAAAAAAGUUAUAGUCAUUUUUAUUUUUUAUACCUACUGUAUAUAUAUUG